CUUGGCUUGGAUGUGCAACCUUAAUAAAACUCACUGAGGUCUGGGAGAAAAUAGCAGAUCUGCAGCAGAUAGGGUAGAGGAAAGGGUCUAGAAUAUGUACACGCAGCUGAUUCAGGCAGGCUACACGCUGAACGGUUACACUGAGAGGAAACCAUAAAUCUCAGCUACUAUGCAAUAAAUAUCUCAAGUUUUAACUAAGGAAACUAUCUUUACAGUGAAAUUAAAAAAAUAACAUUUUAGAACAAAGCUAACAAAUGGCUAGUUUUCUGUGAUUCUUCUACAAAAGCUUUCUUUGAGAGGGGAAAAAGUCAAACAAACAAGCAGUUUUACCUGAAAUAAAGAACUAGUUUAAAGGUCAGAAGAAAGGAGCAAGUUUUGCGAGAGGCACGGAAAGAGAGUGCUGGCAGUACAAUGACAGUUUUCCUUUCCUUUGCUUUCCUCGCUGCUAUUCUGACUCACAUAGGGUGCAGCAACCAGCGCCGAAGUCCAGAAAACGGUGGGAGAAGAUAUAAUCGGAUUCAACAUGGGCAGUGUGCCUACACUUUCAUUCUUCCAGAACACGACGGGAACUGUCGUGAGAGUACGACAGACCAGUACAACACAAACGCUCUGCAGAGAGAUGCUCCACACGUGGAACAGGAUUUCUCUUCCCAGAAACUUCAACAUCUGGAGCAUGUGAUGGAAAAUUAUACUCAGUGGCUGCAAAAAAUUGAGAAUUACAUUGUGGAAAAUAUGAAGUCGGAGAUGGCUCAGAUACAGCAGAAUGCAGUUCAGAACCACACAGCCACCAUGCUCGAGAUAGGGACCAGCCUCCUCUCUCAGACCGCAGAGCAGACCAGAAAGCUGACAGAUGUUGAGACCCAGGUACUAAAUCAAACUUCUCGACUUGAAAUACAACUGCUGGAGAAUUCAUUGUCAACAUACAAGCUAGAGAAACAACUUCUUCAACAGACAAAUGAAAUCCUAAAGAUUCAUGAGAAAAACAGUUUAUUAGAACAUAAAAUCUUUGAAAUGGAGGGAAAGCACAAGGAAGAAUUGGACACCUUAAAGGAAGAGAAAGAGAAUCUUCAAGGCUUGGUUACUCGUCAAACAUAUAUAAUCCAGGAACUGGAGAAACAACUGAACAGAGCCACCACCAAUAACAGUGUCCUUCAGAAGCAGCAGCUGGAGCUGAUGGACACAGUGCAUAACCUUGUCAACCUCUGCACUAAGGAAGGUGUUUUACUAAAGGGAGGAAAAAAAGAGGAAGAAAAGCCAUUUAGAGACUGUGCAGAUGUAUAUCAAGCUGGUUUUAAUAAAAGUGGAAUCUACACUAUUUAUAUUAAUAAUAUGCCAGAACCCAAAAAGGUAUUUUGCAAUAUGGAUCUCAAUGGGGGAGGUUGGACUGUAAUACAGCAUCGUGAAGAUGGAAGUCUAGAUUUCCAAAGAGGUUGGAAAGAAUAUAAAAUGGGUUUUGGAAAUCCCUCUGGUGAAUAUUGGCUGGGGAAUGAGUUUAUUUUUGCCAUAACCAGUCAGAGGCAGUACACACUAAGAAUCGAGUUAAUGGACUGGGAAGGAAACCGAGCCUAUUCACAAUACGACAGAUUCCACAUAGGAAAUGAAAAGCAGAAUUACAGGUUGUAUUUAAAGGGUCACACUGGGACAGCAGGAAAACAGAGCAGCCUCAUCUUACACGGUGCUGAUUUCAGCACUAAAGAUGCUGAUAAUGACAACUGCAUGUGCAAAUGUGCCCUCAUGCUAACAGGAGGCUGGUGGUUUGAUGCUUGUGGCCCAUCCAAUCUAAAUGGAAUGUUUUAUACAGCGGGGCAGAACCACGGAAAACUGAAUGGAAUAAAGUGGCAUUACUUCAAAGGGCCCAGUUACUCCUUACGUUCCACAACUAUGAUGAUUCGACCUUUGGACUUUUGAAGGCACAAUGUCAAAAGCAAUUUAAAAGGCCACCAAGAAAUCUGGAGAAGCCACCAGAUGAGAAACUACUUGGAAACUUCUGAAGCAAACAAUAUUGUCUCCCUUCCAGCAACAAGUAGCAGUUAUGUGAAGUCACCAAGGUUCUUGACUGUGAAUUUGGAACCUUUUGAUUUCACAAAAGCCUCUCCUUGGGGUGACUGUGUUCAAAUGGCUUGACUAUAGAGAAUGCCACUCACUGUCAUGCUUUAAAAAGGGAAGAAACUGUUCAGCUCGCUGUGCUUCAAACUACUACUGGAUCUUAUUACAGAACUAUAGUAACCAGAUGAUAAAUAUGGUUUAUCUCACGUAAAACCGAAGAAAAGAAGAUGAACAACAAGAACAAAAAGAGUAUACGUGAAGAAUAAAAACAGGCCUGUCAUAAUCCUUUGGGAAAAAUGUGUUACACCAGUGAAAUGGUGUUAUUUCUCUGCAAACCUACUAACAAUAAGUUUGUACUGUUGCACAAUUUUAAUAAAAGUUUAGGAAGAACA